CUGUUUGGGGACUUGAACCGGCGACCCUACGAUUCCCAGUCCAAGCCCCUACUGACUGAACCACUGCUGGAGAGAUACAUCUGCAGAAUUUUUUAUUUAUAAAUUAUAUCAUAUCAUACUGUUUUUCCUCUUCUCUGUUGCUGCAUAAACACUUGAAUUUCCCCACGGGAUUAAUAAAGGUACAUCUUAUCUUAUCUUAUCUUGGUAAUAAAAUAGGUGUAAAUAAUGAUUUUAUUUCGCUACCUGCAGUUCCCCUCCUGGCCCACAAGUGGCGCUACCUCCCUCUGCGCUACAGGAAAUGUUGAGGUUUAAAUGGUCUUUGUUUUGGGAGGAUUCCCAGCCCCCCGUCUCCCUAUUUGAAAACUAAAGAACAAAAUGUAUAACAGGUAUGUUAGAUUCCUCCUAAACAUUUAUUUUUCAUUAACAUAGAUGCUAGUUUCUGUUUUUUUUGCAGCUGUGGGACUCCGUAAUGUUGUUAGCUUCCCUGUUAGCCACAGAUUUCUUCUUCCUGUGUUAGCCGUCCAUCCGUCUCCUUUGUGCAGAAAUGAACCGAAUGUGCUACAAUAACAACAAUACCCUGCAAACAACUCACAUGUCCGGUGUGUAUUGAUGCAUUUGGCAGCAGAAUGAAUGUUAAUGUAUUGAAAUAAGUCAACAGUAAAGAUGGAAGAAAACCAGUAUACAUCACUGACGGUUCCUACGGAUUAUUUUCAGCAGUGGUAUCAGUCCAGCCAGCAGCACCCCGAGGCUCAGUAUGUGAUGCCCUAUAACAACAUGGGCUUCUACACAGAGGGUCCCAGAGAUGAGCCCGUCAUGGCCGAGCUGUCCGUCCACCGGGAUCCUCCUGUUCACCAGGAACCCUUCUACCAGAACUACACCCCGCCGGCCCAAAAUCACUACCAUGAGUUGACCUACCAGCCCCAAGUCAGGGAGCAGCAGCAGCAGCAGCAGCAGCAUCCUGCACACAUGCACCACCCUCAGCACCAACACACAGUUCAGCAGCAGCAGCAGCAGCAGCAGCAGGAGCCCAGUGUGCAGCACCAACCUCAGCCGGCUGCUCCACCUCAGGGGGUGACGCCGGUGAAGAAGAAGCGCGGCCGGCCUCCGAAGCAGCACACAGAGGAUGGGAAGACGAACGAGGAGGAGAACGAGAUCGAAGCGGCAAAGAAAGCCAAGAGGGCUCUGAACCGCUUCAACGGCAUGUCAGUGGAAGAGGUCAUGACCAAAACCCUGCCGGACGUCAUCACGUACAACCUGGACAUCUUGAUAAUUGGAAUUAACCCAGGACUGCUGUCUGCCUACAAAGGACGCCACUACCCAAACCCAGGAAACCAUUUCUGGAAAUGUCUGUUUCUUUCCGGUCUCACUGACGAGCAGCUCAACUUCAUGCACGACCAGAGCCUGCCGGAGAAAUACAGCAUCGGCUUCACCAACAUGGUGGAGAGGACCACACCCGGCAGCAAGGACCUCUCCAGUAAGGAGAUCCGUGAAGGAGGUCGACAGUUACUCGACAAGCUGCAGAAAUACAGACCAUUAAUAGCAGCUUUUAAUGGAAAAGGUAUUUAUGAAAUCUUCUGCAAAGAAACGUUUGGUGUGAAGGCAAAGAAUCUGGACUUCGGUCUACAGCCUUACAAAAUCCCAGAAACUGAAACGGUGUGCUACCUGAUGCCCUCGUCCAGCCCUCGCUGCGCACAGUUCCCCCGUGCGCAGGAUAAGGUUCAUUUCUACAUCAAGCUGAAGGAACUGCGAGACGAGAUGAAGGGUCUGAUACCGAAGCGCGAGGUGGAGGAGACAGAGUACUUGUUUGAUCUGCAGCUAGCCAAAGAGGAUGCAAAGAGGAUAUCCAUCAAAGAAGAGCAGGUGGACCCGGAGUAUGAGAGCUGUAAUGCGCUGCAAGGCGACGCGAAGCAAAGCAGCAACUCCUCCAACUAAAGGAGAGCGAAGAGAGGAGGAGAACAGCCUGUCUGCUGUAGCACACAGGUAGUGUAGUUACCGUAUGGGUCUCACUGCAGUUUAUCGAGUUGGAACUAAACAGAGUUAGGGUUAGUUACAGAUGCAUUAAGUGUAUCUGUAAAUAAUGACUCCAAACCACUGUGACUGAUUACCUUUCUGAAGCAAUUUAAAAGUCUGUUGAUUUUUUUAUAGAACAACAACAUGAAGUGAACCAAUGACCUCAAAACAUCCCGGAGAGAAAGUAGAUUUGAUGUCCGGAAACAUUUUAGGCACACGGUACAUUUCUGUUCAAACUGAAAGAUAACUUUUGUUUGUUUACACAGAGGAUCCACUGGGAAACCAAGAUAUUUUUCAAACUGAACCCUAUUUUCCCAUGUUUUUGUGUCCUAAAGUGACACCAUUUUUUUUUUUAUUGGUCCAGUAAUGAGCUGCUUAACAGGCUGCUAUGUAAUUCUAAUGGGUAAUUACACACCUUCAGUUUAUCUCAACUAAAAAAUGUGCUUGUUUUUUGUCAAUCACAGGCUCAUUUUAUUAUUCUAAGUGCCACAGAAAUAGACAAAUUAAAUGUUUUUAUUUACACUUCGGUGGAUUCUGGCUGUGGACCCAGGAGAAAUAUCUUUCAGAAGUCUUGUGUUGUAUCCAUUUUGAUAAAAUCAGCUAAAUAAUCAGCCACAACAUUAAAGGUCCUUUAGAAAACACCAAGUUGACAACAACUGUAUUCAGGCAAAACGUCAUAUGAGAAAAUAACAUAGGAGGUGAAAUCAGGAGAAAGGUGAAGGAAAAACGUUGGGAUCCUUUCCAUUAUGUUGUCAACACUUUUAAUACAAAUCUAAGCUUUUCAGUGGUCAAAACAAGCAGUUAGUGGACAUAAAUGACCAGCAUUCUAGCUAAAUACUGAAGCAAUUAAAGAAAAAUAGUCUAGAGUUGUAAAACAAACAUGGGUAAAAUAGGAUCCAGGUUGAAAAAAUACCAAAGUUACCCUUUAAGUUUACACAACUUGCAGUAAAUUGCAAAAAGAUACAUAACACAUUCCCACCGUAAGUUAUGUUUUGCGUAGUUUCUAGAAUAAAAAAUAUAUUGCUUAAGUAUUACCAUUGUAUUGGGUAAUGACAUACCAUUCCUUCUGCAAGCAGCACAGUCCAUCUCCUUGGUUUGUAUUGUGGUAUCUUGCAGAAAUGGACAUUGUAGGCCAGUCUGCGGACAACAUGACACGGGAGCACUGCAAGCUGAAGAGGCUCACUCACCAGAAACCAGAUAGCAGCUGUACUAGUAGCAUGAUGCAGCAGUGAGAGUGAAUAACCCUCUGAUGACACACCGAGAAAAGAAGUCAUACAGUUUCCUGAAGCCUCGCAAUGUAACGCACAAGGGAGGAAGUUCCCACCACGGUUACAUUUUCUAACUCUCCAACAGACUGUGCAUGUGUUUGGUGUUAUUUUUUAUCACUAUUUAUUGCAUUUUGUAUGGUACGUGUGUCCAGUGACUUAUUUUUGUAUUUUUAAAGAAUGACAUUUUAUGAUUUAUCAGCUGUAUAAAUAGGUGAUUGUACUCUGAAAUUUCUACCCUGUAAUUACAGAGUUAUUAAAUCUCUUCUAACGAUG